AUGGCUGCAUCAUCAUCGCCCAAUCCUGUAGUUUUCUUCGACAUCACCCUAGGCGGCGAGCCCUUGGGUAGAAUCAAGAUGGAGCUCUUCCAGGAUGUUGUGCCAAAGACUGCCGAAAACUUCCGUCAAUACUGUACAGGCGAGACCAAGAACCAUCUGGGACACCCCCAAGGCUACAAGGGAUGCAAAUUCCACCGUGUGAUUCCGAAUUUCAUGAUCCAAGGAGGCGACUUCCUCAAUGGCGAUGGCACUGGCUCGGCUUCGAUUUACGGUACCAAAGCCUUUGCUGACGAGAACUUCAACCUGCGACACGAUGUUGCUGGCUUGCUGUCCAUGGCGAACUCUGGUCCAAACACAAACGGCUGCCAGUUCUUUAUCACCACUGUGCCGCUACCUCAUCUCAACGGCAAGCAUGUGGUCUUUGGAAAGGUCGUUGAUGGCAUGGAUGUUGUUCGAAAGAUCGAGAACGUCAGAACUAACGUGACAGACAAACCCAUCCAGGAUGUUGCCAUUGCUCAGUGCGGAGAGAUGUAG